GACAUUUUAUGAUAAUAAUUUUUCUACUGUCACUUUUUGUGCUAUUAUUUUUAUCUGCUGUAAGAUGAGUGAAGAAAUAAAUGAAGUUAAAGAUAUACAAGAAAAUACAAACGGCGAAGAACUGGAGGGUGAGGAGAACACAGAACAAGAAGGGCAUGAAAUAUUAGAAUCUGAUAGUCAACCAGAACAAGUUCAGACUCUACCUGUUAUUGAAGAAGCAAAAGAAAUAUCAGACUCUGAUUUAGAACCAGAGCAAACAGAGCCAGAAUCUGUCAGUGAAGAUGAAAAAGGAGCAACAUUGUCUGAUAUUGAACCAGAGCAGCAGCUAUCAAAAGCCAGUGAUGAAGUUUUAGAAGAGGAAGAGUAUUCUAAGUUUAUUACUGAAGACGAAGAUGCCCUACCGGAAGGCGACUUUUUUGCCCCAGAAAGUCCAGCAUUAAUUACCGUAACUGAAGGCGAAGAACGGGAAGAAUUUGUCUUAGGAAAAAUAUUUGGGAUUAUAGAGCCUGCAAAAGGUGAGGUUGAAGAACUUGAGGUCGAUGCCGAAGAAAAAAUUACAGUAGCUGAAGGUGAAGGUGAAAAACCUAAAGAAGAGGAAAAAGUAGAGGUAAAGAAAGAAGAAAAAAAGAAACGAAAAUCAACGAAAGUAGAUUUAAGAGGACUAUCUUAUUUGCGUAAAAGAAAUUCUCAAGCUAGCAUUUUAUCUGCGGUAUCCAUAUACAAACACGGACUCCUUGAAUACAGCCAGACACCUAGAGCGGAUGUAGAUGAUUUAUUUUCUAGAUUUAGUAUGGAUGUAAUAGAUUUUAACGUUAGGCUAGGUGGUUCAAUUGCUACUAUGAUGGAUGAUGAUGAGGAUCUAUGGACUUACGAAGAAAGUCUGGAAGAAGAAAAAGCAGAGGAAGAAGAAGUAGAAGAUACUUCUAUACUCCGACCUUUUUUAUAUGAAAAGCAUGCUGAAAUUUUACGACAGAUUACUAACAACAGAAUCGUAAAUACUUUACUUCAACGAAGAGUGGCAAUGUACUACCGAAAAAAGCAUAUGGAGUACGCUCUUCAAGAAACUGAUCAACAUGUCGACAACGUUUAUAAUUACAAUAAACUUUUGGAUGAAUAUUCUGACAUAUUAGAAAACAAAAGUAAUAAGACAAAUUUAAUAAACUCACAAAUUGAAGCACUGAAGAACACUAAAGAAAAAAUGAAAGAACAGCUCGAGCUAGGGUUUACAAAUCUCCAAAAUAGGGAACGUGAAAUAGGUACAGGAUUAAUAUAUUCAAAAACAGGAACAGAAAUUUCUGAAAAGCUAAUUCAUCAGCAAUUAAACCGACAAAAAAUUGGUCUAAUGGAAGUUUCAGCUAUGAGAUUAAAGUCUCUACAAAUAAAAUCUAUGGUUAAGGAAAAAGAAUCGGCCAUACAAGUUUUGGAUAGAGUGGACGUAGAUCAUCAUUUAAAUCAUUAUGAGAAACUAAAAGAAGAAAACAAAAUGUAUUCAGACAAAAUCGAAGAAAAAGAAGUAGAGCUUACUAAGCUUAGAAUACGGUGUAAUGAAAAUAUUCAAAUCUUGGCUCAUAUUCGUGAAAAAAUUUCAGCUUUGGACAAUGAUAUUGAGGACCUAAAAGACACACAACAAAAAAAUGUUGAAUUUUUGAAUGAUAUGCGAAGAUCUCUUAACAACACUAAAAAAGAAAGAGAUUUAUAUCGCUCUCUCUUAGUCAAGAUGCAAGAGGAUUCUGGUCUUUUAAAAGAAAAAGAACUAUUGAAGGACAUGGAAAACUCGCUACAGGAAGCAGAAGAAUUGAGAGAUACAUUACAAAACUUGAAAAAUGCUUGUAGUUCCAAUAUUAAAAAAAUAAGAUGCAUUCGUAAGCGUAUUGAAGAACGUAUGGAUAGACCUAAAAAGAGUAUUAGCUUUGCGUCUGGUUCGAAAAAGAGUUAUAUGUCUAUGAAAAUAUCCCGUGACAAAUCCAAACCACAAGUUUUUGUACCUAUUUUACCAAAGAGAGCAAUGGCUCAUCUAGUACAAGAUUUUCAACCAACAGUAAGACGAAUUAUUGUUAAUCGAUAACAAGGUCAAUAUUUUGUUUAUAUUUAUGUAUAAUAAACAGUAUAUUUUU